CCCAGCCUGGACGCCUCUUGACACAAUGAGGCGAGUGGUACGACAGAGCAAGUUCCGGCAUGUAUUUGGACAAGCGGUGAAAAACGACCAGUGUUACGACGACAUCCGGGUUUCUCGAGUGACCUGGGACAGUUCCUUCUGCGCUGUCAACCCCAGAUUUGUUGCCAUAAUCAUAGAAGCGAGCGGGGGAGGAGCGUUCCUUGUGCUCCCUUUACACAAGACUGGUCGAAUUGACAAAUCCUACCCGACAGUAUGCGGCCACACAGGACCAGUGCUGGACAUAGACUGGUGCCCACAUAACGAUCAGGUCAUCGCCAGCGGAUCCGAGGACUGCACGGUGAUGGUGUGGCAGAUCCCAGAGAAUGGACUCACCCUUUCCCUGACCGAGCCCGUGGUCAUUUUAGAAGGCCACUCAAAGAGAGUUGGCAUCGUGGCCUGGCACCCGACGGCCCGCAACGUGCUUCUCAGCGCAGGUUGUGACAAUGCCAUCAUCAUCUGGAACGUGGGGACGGGGGAAGCCCUUAUAAACCUGGACGACAUGCACUCGGACAUGAUCUACAACGUGAGCUGGAACCGGAACGGCAGCCUGAUUUGCACAGCUUCCAAGGACAAGAAAGUCAGAGUGAUUGAUCCCCGGAAACAAGAGAUCGUCGCUGAGAAGGAGAGAGCGCAUGAAGGAGCACGUCCCAUGAGAGCCAUCUUUCUGGCCGACGGCAACGUCUUCACCACUGGUUUCAGCCGCAUGAGCGAGCGGCAGCUGGCCCUCUGGAAUCCGAAAAAUAUGGAGGAACCAAUUGCUCUUCAUGAAAUGGACACUAGCAAUGGGGUGUUGCUGCCUUUCUAUGACCCCGACACCAGUAUCAUUUACUUAUGUGGGAAGGGCGACAGCAGCAUUCGCUAUUUUGAGAUCACGGAUGAAUCCCCAUACGUCCACUACCUCAACACCUUCAGCAGCAAGGAGCCUCAGAGAGGGAUGGGGUACAUGCCCAAGAGGGGGCUUGACGUUAACAAGUGCGAGAUCGCCAGAUUCUUCAAGCUCCAUGAGAGAAAGUGUGAGCCUAUUAUCAUGACUGUCCCCAGGAAGUCUGACCUUUUCCAAGAUGACCUGUACCCUGACACGGCGGGGCCCGAGGCAGCACUGGAGGCCGAGGAGUGGUUCGAGGGGAGGAACGCAGACCCCAUCCUCAUCUCCUUGAAGCACGGGUAUAUUCCAGGCAAAAACAGGGAUCUCAAGGUGGUCAAGAAGAACAUUCUGGACAGCAAGCCCACGGCAAACAAGAAGUGUGACCUGAUCACUGCCCCCAAGAAAACCGCAGACGCGGCCGGCGUGCAAAAUGAAGCCAAGUUGGAUGAGAUUUUAAAAGAGAUCAAAUCCAUAAAAGACACAAUCUGCAAUCAAGACGAGCGCAUUUCCAAGUUAGAACAACAGAUGGCGAAGAUAGCAGCCUGAAGGUGCGCCCCCGCCCCAGGGGAGCAGGACGGCGCUGGCUGGUGGUCGGUGUGGUCCCAGGGAGGGCGAGAGGGAGGCACUGCCGUUCAGGCUGGCUGCCAGCCAUAGGCCACAUUCCAGUAAGACUCAAUUCGUCUCCCAAAUUUGCAGAAACAAAAUGUGAUUUAAAAGCUGAGCUUUUUACCAGAAAGCUUUUUUGAUGUUUUAAGUGUUCUGUGACUUAUCGAAACUUUAAAAGACAAAAGUGCUACUUUGGAAAUCCCAGAUAUUCUGAAUUUUAGAAAACCAGUCGAUCCUGAUGCAGUGUCCUGCCCGAGUACCUUUUUUUUUCCCAAACAAACAGGGACCAAUGCCACAUUGCUUUUUUAUAUUUCUUUUUUUUUUAACGUUGCCAAAACCAAAAGUAGCUUUUUUUCCCCUUUGUAUUUUGCUACUUUGCAGUAUUUGUGCGUGGAGUUUUUUUUCCUUAAUUUGAAAGGGACAGCACUGUGUAUGUUUAUAAACUAAAUGAAGAUAAGAUAUUAUUUUGUAUAAACAUUCAUCUGAGAACAAUCAGAGCAGUCGCCAUGUCGUGCGGGCUUCUUUGCAGCACAAACCUGGUCAUCGAAAUGACUGCGCAAAAGGAAGACUUGAAAAAUCACGUGGAUUUGUGUCACCACCUCUCUCCUUUCGUUGAGUCUUCUGAUCAAAAAAAGCUCACAUCGAAUUGUUUCCUUUCUCUUUUCUAGAAAUUGGGUGGUUGUACCAGAAUGGAAUUUUGCCUCUUGGUUUAUCCUGUGCUUCAGAUGAUUAUAAUCUAACCUAAACUAGCAUGUGUUUCUCUGCGGUUUUGUUACACACGUAGAAUCUAUGGCAUUCAUCACUUUAAGGUCAUGUUUCAGGUUUUGGUCAAUACUUGACAGGGGUGCCCAGGACAAGAAGCCACCCGUGCUUGGAGUGUGCCUUCUUGUCCGUUUCAGCAGCUUGCCUGGCCCCCGAGUAACUGGGGGGCUGCGGACUAGGGCUUGGAGGGGAGCGUUGGCCCCUCUGCUUUCCAGCGUAUCCCGUGCUGUACCUGCACUGUCCCCGAGCUGUGCUGGGGGCAGAACCCCACCCCUACCCCCACCCCUGCACCGCUGGAGCUCCCGCCCUUCCUUCCCUCCCCUCAGUGCGCAGCCCCAUCUCUCAGGGCUCCCCCUGGCCGUCCCUCCCUCCUCCUGCCUUUCAGUUCUAGCUGCAUUCUGCUUAAACGAGGCCAGCGGGUGCUACUGAAUGCUGAGUCUGCGGAGAAGGGUCGAGAAGGAGGCAGGACCAGGAGGGCAGAUGUCUGCUGUGGCUUUCGUGGUGCAGCUUGUCCCUGUGUGGCCUCCACACAAACCCACCCACUCGCCCCGCAGCUGCACCGUGCUGGGUCCAAGCACAGUGGCUCCCUGGACUGGGGCUCAACACUGAGCCCCGACGGCCUGUCCCACUCCCGGGUCAGCUAGAACUUCUCUCCAUAUCCAUUUCCUCACAGUGCAUGCUCGAGAAACCAGAGCUAAGGGAGCCUCUGCUUUGGAAGGGCUGAGUGUCUAACAGGAUGGGAAUCAUGUCGUGCCAUUGGGACCAUGGCAGGGACGCUUGCACACGCUUGUGCUGGUGUGGGGACGGGUCGGGCCUGGCUGGGCGCGACUGUGUGCGGGAGCCAGGAUGAGGCUGAGUGUGGUGACGGUGGGUGGGCUGGGUGCACUGGGGGUGACGUCCACGUACAAAAGGUACCGUGUUCUUAACCAAUCCUGGGAUUGCCAUCUCCACAGUUUCAGGGUGUCUGAAUGUGUGGUUUUGUGUGUGUGUGUGUGUGUCUGUGUGUUUUAAAUAUUAAAGUGGAUAAUGAGAUGUAAAGAAAACAGUAAUUACAGUGAUUUAUAUUCAAAUGUGUAUGUAUUUCUUUAUCAACGUAAAUCUGCUGAGGACCUUCAUUUUUAAGAUUCAGAAAUAUUUUAAGGUUCUGAUAGCCAGUUAAUUAAGUAAACAAAAUUGUUGUUGAUGGUGGUAAAACACCAGAGGGAUUGUGGUUCGGAGACAAGGGGUGGUCAAGGGAGAGCUUCCCUGAUCUUAGUGUGGGCUUAGGGCUUAUUUAAUGAACGGGUGCCCCGCCAGGCGCAGAGUUGGCGCUCUGUGGAUUAUCGUUCCUGUUUUGUAUUUUUUUUUUUAAGCCGUGCUAUCCCGGAGGAGAACCAGCGAAUUACUCCUAGAUCGGCUCUUAUAGAGCAGCCGUCGUGUUCUGUCAAAACACUUGCUUCCAUUUUUCAAAGAUAAAAAAAAAUCAUUGAUUACAAAA